AUGGUUGCAAAAACAAAAACGACCAAAAUUACUUUAAAAAAAAAAUCUGUUAAGAAUGCAGGAAAAUUAGUAAAAUCAAAAGCAGUCAAAAUAAAAGGGAAAAAUAUGAAAACUAAGGCAGUUGUUUCCAAAUCAAAAAAAUUGAAUCCAAAAAAAUUGAACCCAAAAAAAUUAAUUAACAAAAAGGCCAAAUCCAUAAAGUCUAUAAAAUCUAAAAUUGUAAAAAAACCAGCAAAAAAAAACGUCAAAAAAAUGAUUAAAAAACAAAAAUAA